AUGGAUCUAGGGAGCUACAAAUUGCUCAAUCAAGCGCGACAUCAUAGUACUGAUUACUAUGGUCGCGCCAAAAGGAAACCUUGGAUUCUCGCCCUGUCAACAGCUAUUGUCUUUACCGUCAUUCUACUGUACAAUUCUUCGCCGCCUGUGGCGCCAUACACAUCUACAUAUAACAAGACGUCCUGUGACCACCCGGUCUUGCAACUCACGAGGAAUGCCCAAAGUGCCUUCAAUGCCACACUGAAACGACAGUCCAAAACAUUCAAGGAAGCGGUUGUGGAAUACAAACGCCGCUACAAAAUGCCACCUCCCCCUGGCUUCCAGGAAUGGUACAAAUUUGCCAAAGACAGGGACACUAUAUUGAUCGAUGAAUUUGAUAUCAUUCACCAUGCCCUGCUACCCUUUUGGGGAGUUUCGCCUAGUAUUCUCCGGGCACAAACACGGGAGGAUAUGGGGUAUGCUGAUAAUGGAUUCAUGACUAUCUGCAUACGAAAGGGUAGAGCAUUUUGUGAAAGAUCAACCCAUCUGUACCAGCGUGCAGGAAUAAUCGACAUUCUCGGAUUGUUUGCUAAGUGGCUACCUGAUAUGGACUUGCCGUUCAAUGAGCAUGACGAACCACGGGUUGUUGUACCACAUCAAGAGUUGAGUCAGAGGGUUUUCCUUGGUAGAGAAGCCCUUGCUCGUCUGUCUGGGGUCUAUUUCCCAAGCCAGAAGUACACGGUGUCAUAUCCUCUUCUUGACGAGCCCCCGCCGGUGUCGGUGACCCGAUACAAAUUUUUCCAGUUUCAAAAUAAUUGGUCUCUUUCAACUGCGUCUUGUCCCCCAGACUCACCGGCCAAAAGCAUUGGUGGGAAUGCGACGGACGACACAGCCUCGUACGCAAUUGAGCCUCUGGGAUUUAUCUACAAUCAAACAGCUUUUAGUGAUGUCUGCAUGAGCCCGUCACUUCGGCACCGCCUAGGCCUGUUUGAAAGUCCAAAUACAUUAAAGCUUACAGACGAACUGACUCCUGUGUUCUCGAGCUCAUUGCCUUCUUCCUUCCAGGAUAUCCCAGUGCCAUCACUGUGGUACCAUGAGAAACAGUCGUCCUAUGAUGAAGAAAACGAUGUUGAAUGGGAAGACAAAUCGCACUCACUGUAUUGGAGAGGUGGGAACACUGGAGGGCAUACCAAUGAAGAUACAUGGAAAAACACCCUACGGCAGCGAAUCGUCGGAAAUAUAACACACCCAAGCUCGGCGCAGUACAUUCUUCGACAUAAGAACGACUCAACGGCGCCACUAUGUGGCGAAAGUGACCGCAGUGGCGGUUGGGAUGCUCAAAUGGCCGGACUGGGGGAAUACGACGAACAUUUCGAUAUCAAAUUUACGACUAUAAGUCACUGCGAGCAAAGCUGUGAUUCACAGAAGGUAUUCUUUGGCGGCGAAGCUGAAGUGGAAGACCCGAGUGAGGCUUGGAAACAUCGAUAUCUCCUUGACAUGGAUGGCUGGGCAUAUAGCGGUCGAUUUUACUCAUUCAUGAACAGCAAGAGCCUGCCUAUGAAGCUGUCGGUCUUCCGGGAAUGGCACCAGGACAUUUUGAUUCCAUGGGUGCAUUACGUUCCCCUCAAUAAAGACGCUGACGAAGUUGUGGAGUUGAUUCGAUACUUUGAACAUGACCCCGUCGGGGGUACCAUUGCACAGAAAAUAGCAGCUGAGGGGAGAAGUUGGGCGAAGCGGGCUCUCAGAAAUGAGGAUAUGGAAGUUUACAUGUUUCGUCUUCUUUUGGAGUACGCUCGUCUGCAAGAUGAUGAUCGGGAGAUAUUGGCUUACAAGGGCUGA